GUGUGAGUGGGUGUGUGUUUCAGCAUACGCUCUGUUGUGUUUCUUCUUCUUCUUCUUCUUCCCAUUAUUCCUCUUCGCCUCAUAACUGGGUUUUCUUUCUGCUCAGGUUGAAAUGACAGAACCCACCUGGCCUACCGUUAUGACUCCUGCCCAUGCUGCUCUAUCUACAGCAGCCAAAGCCGGGUCUACUCUUUCUAAGGUUUGGACCAAGAUGGUGACGACAGGUAUGGGCAUUCACACGACUCCUGCCCCUGCGGCUCUACCUUCAACAACAAUUGAAGCCUGGACUCGUUCUCCUCUUCCUCUUGUGACAGUGACGAAGGCAGCCGAUACUGGGGCUACUCUUUCUGAAGCUUUGACUGAGAUGGUGACGGAAGGUAUGGGCAUUCCUACCACUCCUGCCCCUGCCCCUCUAUCUACAGCAGCUGAUACUGGGGCUACUCUUUCUGAGGCUUUGACUGAGAUGGUGACGGAAGGUAUGGGCAUUCCCACCACUCCUGCCCCUGCAUCUACAGCAGCCGAUACUGGGGCUACUCUUUCUGAGGCUUUGACUGAGAUGGUGACGGAAGGUAUGGGCAUUCACACCACUCCUGCCCCUGCAUCUACAGCAGCCAAUACUGGGGCUACUCUUUCUGAGGCUUUGACUGAGAUGGUGACGGAAGGUAUGGGCAUUCACACCACUCCUGCCCCUGCGGGUCUACCUCCAGCAACUGAAGUCUGGACUCGUCUUCCUCUUGUGACAGAGGCAGUGACGAAGGGUACAUACGUACACAUUGACCAGGACGAUGGAGCUUUUGCAGCCCUGAUCGCAGGGAUCGUCUGCUUCACGCUGCUGGUCAUCUGCAUCAUAGUGUGGCGGUGGCAUUUGUCCAGACAUAAAGGCUCGUACGUCACCAACGAGAUGGACGACGACGACGACAUGGACGACGAGGAGUCCGUCGGUUCCAAUACGGCUCUCCAAAGCCGGGAACCUCUAGAGACCAAAGAGGACGCCUGAAGACAAAAAACGGAAACAAAAACAGAGAACACUUUGAAAACAGACUUGAGUCGAGUUGUCGAGGACUCAAGAACUUUUAUUACACCGAGGAGAUGCGUUUUUUUAUAAAAAAGUAGCCAAUUUCCAAAAGCAACUUUGCACAUUUGCUGCCACCGACAGGCCGCAAGACGAACUUCACUUCCCGGCCGUUUUAGUUCAGUGACAUUAUUGGAUGAAACUCAGCAAUUGAUGAAUAAAUGAUGUGAAAGGCUGCUGCACCGGUUGCAUUGUGACCCUAACGCAAGAUUGACAAUCUUUCUGAACAAAUGUCUCAUGUCAGGGUAUCGUCGGAUAACCGGUAAUUCAUUUGUAAUUAGAAAAUGAAAAAACACGUUUAUUUGUAAUUUGUCUCAAAACGCAAAAAAAAAAAUCUAAUGUUUUAUUUAGCAUAAUUAUGUUGUAAUCCUAUGUAAUCUAUCCUAUCCAAUAUUUCCUAUAUUGUGCCACCCCACUUUAAAACAAUCCUGGAAUCGCCCCUGAGAAUAACUAACAGUAAUUUAAGUGGCAUUUCCUGUUGAGGUUCAGAUCUUUUGCCUCACAUUAUUCCGCCCCGCGUCCGUCCUGAAUCUGGUCCUGUUAAAAACUAAAAGACUUUUCCUCUGGACAAAAUCUUUUGACGCCAGAACUGUUGACGCUGGUCAACAUUAACUGGCUGCUGGUUGCUUUCCACCUUGGUUGUUGUAAUAUUUUUAGGGACUUAAUUAAGAUGGUCCGAUUCCAUUUUUUCCUUCCCGAUAGCGAUUUGAUACCAGUGUGUCAUAUAUUUUAUUAUGUUUUAACAGCUGUGUACUACUAUCCCUGUAUG